AUGCACGAGUACUGUGAGCUCCCUGGAUGUAGAGCUGUCCUGAGCUACGAAGAAGGAUCUAACAUAAUGAUACCGACUACUCUGAAGUUAUCAAAGCUUCGCAGCAGAGUGAUUUUAAUGCGUUCAUUUAACAAAGUUGUCAAGCUCCAUCAUGAACACUUUGCUCUUGCUGGAAAGUUUUCCUCGAAGAACUUCCAAAUCUAUCAAGAUGACUCCAUCAAGCUUGAUGGUCUGGCCGAGGGCGCGAUAGUGGAGUACAGUGAAGCUGCCGGGGACCUUGACUAUCGCCAAUUUGUUCAUAUGGUUGUAGAGGAGGUAUUUCAUGGUCAGAAGCUACCAUUUGAUCUGACCGAGUGGCUAAGGAUCAUCUCCCAGGGAGUGAACGCGUGUCAUGGCAGCCUGCUCUGCAGCCAUAUUGACCUGAUGGAGCCAUAUCAAGGAUACGGAAACUUUAUCUCAUUGUUUCAGCUAUUCUGGAAAGUCAAAGAUACCACUGGUGGAGAAGAUCUGCUAAACUCUCUGGGACAUUACAGGGGAUGGAAAUCUAAGGGCCUGCAAUGUUCAUUUCUUCACGAUACAUUGACCUACGAGGAUGAAGCUGGCCAUAGAUUUGAAUAUGAAGAUGACAUCAGAGGACUUCUGAGAUUAUUGAUGAACUCCUUCCAUCACUCGGCAAAAAGCCACUGCAGGCUCGCUAUCUAUCUGAUUAUGAAUGAGUCCCGCAGGUUGCUGUCUGAUCUUCAAAGGGCACUGCACCAGGGUGGUUACCUUAGUCACCUGUCUGUGAAUUACAGUAUGUGA